ACAGCCGUGUCUUCUUCUCCCUGUGCCUCUACUUUAUCAGAUAUUUUGGCCGCUGCGUGCUGCUGCUAACGCUUGCUGCUCUCCUUCUGCUGACUCAUCUUCGUUCAUGAUUAGACCCGAGGGCUAUCCGUUCCCUCCGUUGGUUGCGCAAUGGCUACACAGCUGCCUGGAGAAUCAGUCGAGGAAGGCACGCUCCUCCUCUCGCCAAAUGAAUUAACGCACUUGCUCCCACCGCCGCCGGCAAAGACGACGAAUAGACCAUGGGUGUUCUGGGUAGUGCAGGUGCUGGUCAUGGUUACCAUCAUCGACGUUGGCGCCUUCCUUGGGGAACCACCCAAGACACGGAUAUACGAGACCAAUCUGUGUCUCUCGUAUUAUCGAGAGCAUGAUAGCUCCGUCAUAGACUCCAAUGGCAGCAUCUCCGAGAAGCUCUGCAAAAUUGACGCCGUGCAGCAGAAGCUGGCUAUGAUCUUUGGCUGGCAGGAUACGUUCGACGCGAUCCCCAGCAUAUUGCUCGCUAUACCCUUUGGUACCAUGGCGGACCGGGUUGGCAGGAAGUGGAUCUUCGCGGCGAGCCUGCUGGGCUGCGAGCUGAGUUCUGCAUGGGUUUUGCUGAUAUGCUAUUUCAAGUCCCUGCCGCUGCAGCUGACAUGGUUGUCUUCUGCGUUCUACCUGAUUGGGGGAGGACCCAUUGUCGCCGCUGCAGUUGCCAUGACCAUGAUCUCAGACAUUGUCCCUCCGGACAAGCGUACCACUGUGUUCCUCUACCUGACUGCUUCUAUGCUGGUGGCAGAAAUGAUCGCCCCAGCCAUUGCUGCGAAGCUCAUGGAGAACGGGGACUGGCUUCCCCUGCUCCUGGCGCUCGUAAUACAGUCCGCCGGCAUGUGCCUUGCCAUCUUUUUCCCUGAAACACUGCAUAUGCGGGACUUGCCUGAACCCAAGGACAACGUAGAUCAGUGCACAGAGCUACAGCCGAAGGAUGGCGGUUUCACGCCCAUAGCGCAGUUGCGAAACUUUCAGACUGCAUACACCUUCCUUAGGAAAGAUUUACGGCUCGCUUUAAUCGUGUUUGGCUUCAUGGCAAACAGGCUGGGCCGACAAGCCAUGUCACUGCUUAUUCGAUAUGCCUCCAAGCGCUACGAUUGGGAGAUCAAGCAGGCCGCCUACCUGCUUUCGUUCCGUGCUGGCACGAAUCUCGUAGUUAUAGGAGUGUUUCUCCCAGCGAUCAACUGGUGUUUGCUCAAGCACCCUCAAUUUUCGUCUCAUUGGGCAGACCUUUGGAUAGCCAGAGGCUCAGUUAUCAUGCAGAUGGUCGGUUUCCUCCUCAUGGGCAUCGCCGGAUUUCCUGCGCUUCUCAUUCUUGGGCUGCUCGUUUACAACAUGGGCACAGGAUACAACGCAUCCUUGCGCUCAGUCGCCGUCAACACUGUUGGCGGGCAGUCGAGUUCUCAUGUUGGCAAGCUGAUGAGUACCAUCGCCAUCUCAGAGGCGAUAGGCGCCAUGUUUGCUGGACCAGCCCUUAGCCAAUUCUUCCAAUGGGGUAUGGGUCUUGGCAGUGCAUGGCUUGGCUUGCCAUUUCUAGCGUGUGUGCCUGUGUUUGGCAUGAUGGCAGUGGUAUCUUUUGUGAUCAGUACGAAAGACAGAGAUAUAGGCUACAUUGGGUUGCAAAGCGAAGAUGAGGAAGACGCGAACAGUGAGGUCGGUAGAACCGCUGCAUGUGAUGAUGAACCAUCUCUGAGUCACGUCCCGUAGUACGUAGUAGUAAACGAUCGCUCAGAACAACUUGAACUACAAUGCAACAGGAAUUUUUUCGCAGGC